UGAUCGAGUAUUUGUCUUAAAUAUGCCGUGCAACCCCAAGGAACGAAGAUAAUACCAGUCCCCUUCAUUCUCAGCCCCCGCCGAAAUUGAUUGCUACGUGACCCACAAAAGGGACAGCUGUUCUCAUUCGUCAAAUUUCAGGGGGAUACCUUGCACAAGCCAGGCUGUCACUAAUCAUCUUUGGUCAUCUCUCUUCUCCAGAUCCAAUCCAGUACACACAUCAACAUCCACCACCAUCAGCCUUGUCCCUGUACCCGCCUCACUUUUCAUUCACUCGUUUAUCCCUCUCUCUCUCUCUCUCUCUCAUGACUACGUAAUAAGCCCCCUUUCUUUGUCCCCAGGGUCAUCGCACCAUGGUCCGCGCCCUCAAUCUCCGCCUCGCCCUUCAGGCAACAGCUAUCAAGGUCUCUGCAAACCUGGUCACCCAGAUCAUUAUUCACUACAGAACACCAGGUGUAUCGACUUUUGAUGCUCAGCAGGUACUGGAGUUUGCCAUCUAUGGGUUCAUAGGCUCUCAGGUCGGCAAUAUCAUCCAAUUCAUUCUGGAGGACUGCUUCCCCACUGGACACGCAAUCAGGGCGAACGAGAUCUUGCCUCAGGUUCAGACGGAUGUUAAGCAGGUUGAGGAGAAGAAGGAUGAUGAUACGAGAGGAACGACGAGGAGAUGGUUCAACAUUAGUCCGGAUCUCAUUUGGCGCAACGUUUUGGCGAAGCUGAUUCUUGAUCAAACAAUUGGUCUUGCCAUCAGCGGUUCGGUCUUUCUCAUCUGCACAAACAUCGCACGUGUUUCACACCCCUUCCUCGUUUUGGAAGUAAUUCGCAAUCGACUUUGGCCACUUAUCAAAGCUGGCUGGCAUAUCUGGCCAUUAGUCGCCAUCUGCAACUUCUUAUGGGUUCCCGUGCGCUCUCGAGUUUUGGUGGCAGUUUGUGUUGGGUUCGGCUGGAGCAUUUUCUUGAGCGUCUUUGCCAUGCGGACGGGGCAUUGAUGGGCAUAGACAAGACUGGGUAUCUUUGGUCUUUGCGCUGAUGAAUGGGCGUGGUUUAGAGGGUUUCCCCUACGGAGCACUUUUCUUUGUGUCUUGGGGUUGGAGUCGUGGAGUCAUGGGAUCAAUGUAUGUGCCUCGGGCUUCUUGUAUUGUAGGUUUCAAAUGA